UCUUCGCUGCGAAGAAAAUGGCGGCGGCGGCGCCGAGCGGCGACGAGGGGCGGCUCGAGGAGAAGGCCGAGGAGAACCUGCAGCGGCCGCCCAAGGCCAAGAAGGUGAAGAAGGAGCGGAAGGAGCCGGAGCCGGCGCAGCCCGCGGCCGAGCCCGCCGAGGCCGGCAAGGCCGAGAGCUCGGAGGGGGCCGGGGCGGCCCCCGCGGCGCCCGAGGCGUCGGCGUCGCCCAAGCAGCGCCGCUCCAUCAUCCGCGACCGCGGGCCCAUGUACGACGACCCCACGCUGCCCGAGGGCUGGACCCGCAAGCUCAAGCAGCGCAAGUCGGGGCGCUCGGCCGGCAAGUACGACGUGUACCUGAUCAACCCGCAGGGAAAAGCCUUCCGCUCCAAGGUGGAGCUGAUCGCCUACUUCGAGAAGGUGGGGGACACCUCGCUGGACCCCAACGACUUCGACUUCACGGUGACGGGGCGCGGGAGCCCCUCGCGCCGCGAGCAGCGACCCCCCAAGAAGCCCAAAUCGCCCAAGGGCCCCGGGACGGGCCGCGGCCGGGGGCGGCCCAAGGGCAGCGGCGGCUCGGCCCAAGGCGGCGGCUUCGGCGGCUCCGGCGGCCGAGGGGGGGGCGGCCAGGCCAAGCGGGCGCUGGAGAAGCCCCCCGGGAAGCUGCUGGUGAAGAUGCCGUUCUCGCCGGGGCAGCCGGGCCCCGCCGCCCCCCCGGCGCCGCGCCGGCCGGGCCGCAAGCGCCGCGCCGAGCCCGACAGCCCGGCCGUGCCCAAGAAGCGCGGCCGCAAACCCGCGGGCGCCGCGGGGCCAGGGGGGCCCGGCGGCCCCGACAAGAAGGCGGCCGCCCCCCCCGCCGUGCAGGAGACGGUGCUGCCCAUCAAGAAGAGGAAGACGAGGGAGACGGUGGUGGUGGAGUCGGCGGCGGCUUCGGCGGCGGCCGCGGCGGCGGCUUCGGCGCGGCCCCCCCCGACCCCCCCCGGGGCGCGGGGUCCCCGCAGCGCCCGCAGCCCCGGCCGGCGCAGCAGGAGGGCAGUCCCAAGGGCCGCGGGGCCCCCGGCGCCGCCGCCCACGCCGCCGCCGCCCUCCGCCGCCGCCCCGAGACUUGAGCGGGACGGGGUGUGCGGAGCAGAGGGGGCCCCGCGGCCCCGACGGCUGCGCCAAGGAGCCCCUAAGACUCAGCCCCCCGCCGCCGCCGCCGCCCCCGGCGCCCUACAAACACCGAGGGAGCCCGAGCACAAAGACUCUGCCUCCUCCUCGUCCUCCUCCUCUUCCUCCUCUUCCUCUUCCUCGCCCUCCUCGUCCUCGUCGGCGCCGCCCCCCAGCGCGGCCGUGCCGCUGCCCCCGGCCCGCGACGAGCCCGUCGACACGCGGACGCCUGUGCCCGAGCGGGUCAGCUGACUGUGACGUCACCGCACGGACAGACGGACCGACGGACGCACG